UGCGUGAAACGCCGACAAAACAUUUCUCUUUUCGGGCCAACUCAUCGGUUUCUCCACACAGAAUUAUGUUUAUUUUCAGUUUUAAAUGUGAUCAAUUGUAAAUUAUUUACAUCUUUAGAGUCAUUAAAAUUGCAUAAUUGAGAUGGAGGUUUAUUAUCUCGUGUUUUUUUUGAGCUUGUUUUGGCAUGGCAGCGACGGGAUCAUGUGGAGUUUGGCUCCGAACACACAGAAGUGUCUGAAGUCGGAAUUACAGGCUAAUGUACUGGUAGCAGGAGAGUACGAUGUUCAAGAGGUGCCUGGUCAGCGUGUUGACUACAUUGUGCGUGAUUCCAAAGGCCACAUCUUGUCACAAAGGGAAAGCAUCACUAAAGGCAAAUUCACGUUUGUGACAGACUCAUAUGAUACUUUUGAAGUCUGCUUCUUCUCCAAGGUUCCACCAGAACGACGCAGUGUCAGUCAAGAUGUCACUCUGGACCUUAAGAUUGGAAUUGAAGCCAAGAACUAUGAAGGCAUCGGUGAAGCAGCCAAGCUCAAGCCGGUGGAAUUAGAGCUGAAGCGACUGGAAGACCUGUCCGAAGCCAUUGUGCAGGACUUCACGCUCAUGAGAAAGCGUGAGGAGGAGAUGAGAGAUACUAAUGAAUCGACAAACAAUCGUGUAUUAUUCUUCAGUCUAUUCUCAAUGGUGUGCCUUCUCGGCCUGGCCACGUGGCAAGUACUCUACCUUCGCCGAUACUUCAAGGCCAAAAAACUCAUUGAAUAACCUAACUUCAUUAACUAAUCGUGGGUAGAUUCUUAUACAGAUAUUCGCCCUUGUUUAUAUUGUUGUUGUGUUACUUUUAUUCUUUAGUACUUAAUACACCCGUUUGUCGAGAAGGGCUCUUGACACUUCUAUGGUAUAUAUGGUAGACUCGUAUAAGAUUACAAAACAUAGUAUUAUUAUACUAAUUUCUAUUUACGCUAUAACGUGAGAAAUACGCGUACAAUUAAGUGAACAAAAAAUACUAAA